UUGACAGACACUUUGAACCCCGCUUGCAAUUUAGCAGAGGCGAUACGGGAAAGCUGGCGGAAGACAAUCAGUUCAUGAAAAACAUGUUACUAACAGACGAAUGUAUAGUAUUUUCUACCGACGGGCUAAUAUGCCAUCAGAAUAUCAGAAUGUGGGCUAGUGAAAACCCUCAUUGGAAAAGGGAAACCAACCAUCAAUACCGAGGCUCUGUUCUGGUAUGAUACGGUAUUUUUAUUAAUCGAAAAGUCUAUGGACCGAUUUAUUUUGAAGGACCUGUCAAGACCCAAACAUAUCUGGCGUUCUUAGAAAACUGUUAUACUUAGCGAACAUUUUCGAUGAUCUGACACUUGCCACUAGGUGAAACGUGUAGUUCCAACAAGAUAGGGCUCCUCCAUAUUACGCUACCCGAGUCCGGGCAUGGCUGGAUAAAGCAUUUCCACAACAGUGGAUAGGUCGUGGUGGACCAAUUUCUUGGCCACCGAGUUCACCGGACUUGACACCGCGUCAUUUCUUUCUGUGAGGUUGUAUUAAACAGGAAAUGUAAAACGUAGGAACAAAAGCCAAGUCAAGCAUAUUUUUACUUUGUUAGUUUCUACGAACAUCCCCUUUCUAAUGAAAAUAGGACCCACUUAGCAAACGCUAAAGCUAGCAAUCCCAUUUCAAGUCAGACCGUCAAGAAAACCAGAAGAAAAAUGUUAAGGACCAGUGCGGAAUACUACAAUAUGAUGUGCGUUUACGCGCAGUGUAACAGCAACGUGAACGCUGCCGUGCGAAAAUAUCGCGAAAUUCAUGGGGAAACAAGCGUGCCAAGUGCACACAGUUUUUGCCAAAUGGCAUCGCGAUUGUACAAUACCGGUUCAACAAUGCCUCAGAGACGUGAAGUGGUCCGCGACACAAGAUCACGAGACCGCAACACAGAUGCUGUUUUAGGUGCAUUUGAACGUGAUCCUACGAUGAGCAUUCGAGAAGCCAGUCAGCGUUUAGAUAUCAAGCCAUCUACGGUCCACAAGAUGUUGAAGGACGGUAGAAUGCACCCGUACAAGUAUGUGCGGGUGCACCACAUGAAUCCGCAAGAUUAUAUCCAGCGGAUUCAGUAUUCCAGGUGGUUGUUGGGCGAAAUCGCCCGGAAUCCAACGUUCUGCAAGUGCGUCUUGUGGACUGAUGAAGCCCUCUUCACCAGGGAGGGGUACUUCAAUGCCCACAAUUCGCACGUGUGGGACGAUGCGAAUCCUUUGGCGAUUCGAACACGAGCAGGACAAGUGUGCUGAUCGGUCAAUGUAUGGGCCGGAAUUUGCGGCGAUUUUAUCAUUGGGCCGUACCUUCUACCUGAUAGAUUGGACGGCCCAUCAUACAGAGUGAUCUUAGAACAUGUCCUUCCG